AUGUUCAGUUGGCAGUACGGUGUAAUCAUAGCCUUGGUAGCCGGUGCAGUGGAACAGGCAAUAGCUGUGUAUGGUCAGUAUGAACGGAUCGAGCAGGUGUCUGGUUUCGAUUACUUCAACUAUGAUCUUCGCGUCCGCAAGUACAAUCGCACUACGGCCACGCUCAACGGUACAAUACACAUAAAGCAACCAAUGGACGAUACGUACAGGUUUUCCACGGACGUGUUUCACAGUAGCCUCGGUAAUAAUCAGUACGAGCAUACGCCACUUCAUUUGCCCGAGUCCGGUUUCUGCCAGUUCAUGGACCUGCUGCAUAGAGAAUACCCGAACGCAAUUAAGGAUAUUGUGCACCUGACGGAACCUAACAAAUGCCCCAUUCCGGCAUGUGAAAUGCAUUUUCUGGACUUGGAGUUUCCAAACGAUGUCUUGCCAACAUCAAUUACUCGAGGAGUGUGGAAGUUAAUUCUCAAGGGAGCCCAUGAGGGCGAGACAAUGUUUCAUGCCGUUAUCGUUGUCCGUGUGUUUGAUAAUCUCUUUUUUUAGUAACAUGCUAUUUGGAGCGGUUGGAAAAUAUGUCGAACCGAUUUGGAAAUCGAUUUAUUCGUUGGCUUGCAUUCAAUUUUUAAGGUCGAAAAGGGAACUGCAAAAUAAACA